GUCGCAUAAAACUUUAUUCACGAGACUUUAAUUAUAAACUCCCAAGGUUGUGCCUGAUCUCUUUUUUUAACAACAAUAAAAGGGAAUACUCACCCAGAAACUCGCUUUACCACUUUACAUCACUUUUCCGAGAUUACGCUUAUGGAUUAUGAGAAGACGCGCCCAACGCCACCUUACAUGAAUGAUUUCAAGAAUCUCAAGGAUCCCACAUCCGAUUGUUGCUAAACUCCUGAGUAAUUAUCGGCACCCACAACACACCGAGAAACCACUAGAUUUCCGCAUAUAGCCGUUCAUAACUUAGCUACAUAAGUUGAUCCGACUAAUUUGUACUCUGAUUGUCGACUUUGUUAUCCAUUUUAGGGCUUAAUUUGGUUGUGAAGUUUACCUUAGGGUUAACUGAGGGUUAGGGUUAGCAAAAUGGCUGCCCCUAUUGUUUACGAAGGGGCCCUCGCCCCCAAAGAACAUCUUCAAAAUGGACUGUUCAAGAACAUAAAAUUCUGGGUAGCGCAGCGUGUUCCCAUGAGGCUUACCUGGAUCCAAAAUAUUCAAGACAAUGGCGGCAAAGUCAUUCAACUGGAGAAGGAUGCAGAUAUGCUGAUUGCAGAUCAUCUAAAGAAGAAUAACCCGCCUGGGUCGUAUUCUUACGAAUGGAUCCGGGAUUCUCUCAAAGCUGGCGCUCUCCAGCCUCGGGAAGGCUACCUAUGUGCGCCUGCUAAGCAGUCUAAACCUACUAGUUCAGCUGUACCUCGGAAGGGUACAAGGGCAGCUUUCACACCCGAGGAUGACAAGAUUCUCACAAAUUGGGUUAUGAAAAAGGAGCUAGAAGGCGAGUCCUUAAGUGGGCUUCAGAUAUAUAAAGAACUCGAAGAAAAGCAUUCAAACCAUACAUAUCAAUCGUGGCAGGCCCGCUGGGUCAAGAAACUGCAAUACCUUCCUCGGCCUGAAUUGAUCGAUGAAGAACCACCUACUCCCCCAAACAAACAAACCGCAGAGCACUACGCACCUUCAUCUCCAUCUAUACCGAGGACACCAGCUCCCCCAAGAGUGGGCCAGCGACCUACUCGGAAUCCUACGUCUCGGAGUCCUCGGACUCGCGCAAAGUUUACUGAAGAGGAUGAUAGGAUACUAAUCCAGCACAUUCAGCAAUGCGUACUUCACAACAAGGCAAUCAAAGGAAUUACGAUUUUUCGUGAUUUGGCUAAUGAUUUCCCACAACAUACGGAGCAAUCCUGGAGGGACCGCUGGGUUAAACAACUUGCGCCAAAAUACGAGGAUGAUAUUGUUCACUGGAGAUCCGAAACUACACGAGAGGAAACGCCAGAAAUCCAAACAUCUCCAGUACAGGAAACUACAAAUAUCACGACGAACACGCCCCAGAAGUUACAUACAAGAGGCAAAGAACCGGCCCAAUCUGUCAUCUCAAGGGGCGAUGAUGAGGUUGGUGACGAAGGUGCAAGUCUGGAGCGGGAUUCCCCUUCUGAAUUUCAGGCGAGACCCGAAGCUCCAACAGAUGAACCUUCAGAUGCAUCUAGUGACAUGGACCAAUCAUUCACCGGUGAAUUCACCACGAAAGAGGAAUUUCGUCGUUGUUAUAAGACCUUCAUGGAAGCUCAAGACCAUAUAUUUGUUCCUUUCCUCACUAUAAAAGGAAUUACAUUCGAGCCUUGGGACCUGUGGGAAGCUGUCGCCUCUCAGAAGAUGGAACCUGAAGAGCGUGAUUGGCAACAAAUUGCUGAAAAGCUUGGCUUUAACUGGGUUCAACAUGAAAAUGUUCACGAUGAGCUUCGUGUAUGCUACGAGAAACAUCUUUCCCUGUUCGAGGAGUUCUGGAAGAACUAUCAGGAGGAAGAGGAAGAGGAAGAGGAAGAGGAAGUAGAAGAUGAAGAAGAUCAGGAUCUGGAAGAACAUCUACCUUCGUCGCCACCGGUAAUUUCCUCUUUAAAGCGAUCAUUAGAUGCCCGCCAGGUUUCUUCCGACUACGCAUAUCCGCAAUCUUCGCCCAAGCGACGAAGGCUCAAUAAAAAUGCAGAAAUUCCGUCGACCCCUGAUCACGUCAAUGGAACCUCCAGUCUACGCCACCAACCUGCCGUUGAAGUGACGCCUAGCGCUCGUCGCUCAGCACAACGCUUUGCAGAUGGCGGAGAUGAAGAGGACGAAUCCCGAGAUACGCUGAACGAACUCCCUGCAAUACGGGGUGUACGGAAAAAGGUUCUAGAGCCGGAAACACAGGAUUUUAGAUUUGAUCCAGAAACUCAAAAUAUCAUGUUCGACACGCAAGGCGAUAUGGAGAUAGAAUCGCAGUUUAGCAUCACGCCAUCGCAGCAACUACGCCAAGAAUCCGAUGCCGUAUCUCCAGAUAUCGCAAACGCUUCCCCUACUCCUAAAGCCAGGAACAGGAACGCCACUCAAGGAAGUCCUACUCCAAGAAGGUCGAUUCGGAAUCCCUUCCAAGAGGACUCUGAAGGGGAGACGUCAGCACCUGCUACUGACAGUCAUAUUGAUGAGGCCACCAAGAAUACGGCUGCUGCUGGUAAAGCGAAACGUCGAUCUCUACCAGAGUCAUUUUCUCUCAAGCCAUCUCCCACUGUUAAUUCUACGUCAGUGCGCCUUAGAACACAAGCUCAGUCCCAUUCUCCAGAAUCACCGCGGCCAGCACAUCGCCCGAUACCCGCAAAAGAAACUCCAGAUGAUGUUAUCGAUCGGUUUUGUUCGCUUGGCUACCCGAGGAACAUAGUCCUCUUAGCGCUACGGGCCACGACCUGGCGCCUUGGUGACGCGGGCCAGGUUAUGGAGAUGCUAAAACGAGGAGAAGAGUUGCCGCAGAGGACACACGGAGUUUGGACGCAGCGAGAUGACGAUGCCUUGAAGUUAGUGACUUCGGACGAACCGCCGAAAGACGAGAAGGAGAAAAGAAAGCGUGCUAGGAUGCAAAAACGGCUAGAGGAAAAGCACGGUCCAGAGUUAAUGGAGCUUCGAUAUAAGUAUCUAUGGGGGGUUGUAUGAGAUGGUGGCAAGCGUACACAGUGUAGCGAAGAUGAAUUCUAGUAUCCUUGAUUGCUAUGGCUCAUCAAAAUCAGCAUCCUGCUCAUUCAUACUGUGCCCCCGCAUGUCUUCAUCAUGGAAUUACACCGUACCUAUGACAACAUGCAUUCGAUGAAAAAGUACUAUAUAUAUGGCGUAUUGUGCUUCUAUAAGGACGACUCAUGAAGUUCAAGGCAUACCCAGCGCCAUUGUAAACCCCGUUUACACCUCAUGUAUCAUAUAUAUCUUUCCAGACCACAUGUCUAAGUCUUCGCUGCCAGGUUUACUACUCUUAAUACUUGUGUAGUCGUAGACAUUUUUCUAGCUUUAAAAUUGAGUGG